UCUGCUGCAGAGAGGUCGGAAUUUAAGCGAAAUAAAAAAGUGGGAGUUGCAAAAUGUCCUCAAGAAAUAUCAUACCCAAAACGGUUAACCCCGAUCUGAAGAAGGAGCGCGAGGGAGCUAGUUUUAGCAGCGAAGAGUUUGCAGCUUGGUGGGCGGGAGGAAAAGAGAAACUCGAAUUUAAUAGAAGUGUUCGCGAGUACAUGUACAAGGAUUUCGACUACGAUGAGAGCCAACAGCUUUAUUACAAGUCGCAUGAGGAUAUGUGCGAAUUCGCCGUAAAAUCCAGCAUAGAUGUGGCGAAAAAGCUACGCCAGCUACAAGCGCGACGAAAUCCUGGGGGCAAUGAAUAUUGGCCCACUCUCUUUGACGAGCCUGAGCUAUGGAGUCUGCAUCGGGCUGGUAAUCCCUUCAGCGUGAUGUACAUGGUCGUGGUGGAUGCUCUAAAAACUCAAUGCACCCCGGAGCAGUACAAAGAGUUUGGUGUGCGGGUGGAACGCUUUGAGGUAACCGCUACCUAUGCCCAGACGGAGCUGGGACACAGCAGCCAUUUACGGGGUCUAGAGACACGCGCCGACUUUGAUCGGAUAACGGAUCAGUUUGUGUUGAAUACGCCCUCCAUAUCAGCAUACAAAUGGUGGCCAGGGGGAUUGGGUCAAAGCUCUAACCAUGCAAUAGUCAUGGCACAACUAUACAUUGAUGGACAACUUAAGGGACUACACAUGUUCUACGUGCAGUUGCGAGAGGAAGGCACGCAUGAACCGCGGCCAGGCGUACACAUUGGCGAGCUGGGCAAGAAGAUGGGUUUCCUGGGCGUCAAUAAUGGUUUCCUCGGUAUGAAGAACGUUCGCAUUCCUCGCACUCGGAUGCUCAUGCGCCAUGCCCAGGUGCAUCGUGAUGGCACCUACGUGAAGAGUCCUGUGGACGCCCUCACCUACUUUGCAAUGCUUUCCACGCGAUGCAUCGUGGCUCGCAAUUCGGCUGUUGCGCUGGCCUCUGCAGCCACCAUUGCCACGCGAUUCUCGGCUGUGCGUCGUCAAUCUCCCAUUGAUACCAGUUUACCCGAGCCGCAGAUCUUGGAUCAUGUCACUCAACAGCUGAAGGUCUUUCCCGAGAUAGCCACCAGCUUGGCCUAUAGCUUAGCCUACAAUUACCUCAGGGAGUUGUUCAACGCGACUUCCAGGGACAUUAAUCAGGGCAACUAUAAUCGUCUGCCCGAGCUGCACACCCUUUCGUGUGCCUUGAAGGUUAUGAGCACAAGUGACUCCGCCGCGGGCAUUGAAAGACUGCGUCUGGCCUGCGGUGGACUUGGAUACCUUGCCUCUGCCAAUCUGUGCAAUAUUUAUGUAAAUACAGUCGCUGCUUGCACCUACGAGGGAGAGAACACUGUACUUCUCCUCCAGGUUGGUCGCUUCCUCAUGAAGUCGUGGCGUGCAGCACAGAGUGGAGCUCCACUUGCGGUCACUGCCAGCUACUUGGCUGAGGUGCACCAGAAUCCCGAGUUUGGGCUGUGGUCAGGCAGUUGGGAUAAUUUGGUGAAGGCAAUGCAGUUUGCUGCUGCUAAUAAAACUCGUCUGGCCUUUAAGAGUCUGUCAAAUCGGAUCGAUAAUGGAGAAACGGAGCGGAUGGCCUCUAGCCACACAGGCAUUGAGCUCACCCAGGCAGCUCAGCUACAUGCUCGCGCCUUUGUGGUGCACAACUUCCUCGCUGAGGUAACUGGACCAAAGUCCAAGGCUCGCUCGCUUGCCUUGAAUCGAGUGCUGGAGGAUCUGCUGGAGCUAUACCUGGUGAAUGUUACAUUGAACAAUAUGAGUGAUAUACUUCGUGUGGUCCACUUGACCGAUGAAGAUCUGAACAAGCUGCAGGCUCGUCUGGAGGCGGCGCUUGCCAAAUUGCGACCCAAUGCAGUAGCCAUUGUGGAUGGAUUCGACUUUGGUGAUGCGCAGUUGAACUCAACUCUGGGAUUUUAUGAUGGCAACAUGCUCGAGCGAGUCUUCGAUGCGGCCUUGAAGGCUUCCAUGAACCGGAAGUCGGUUCCGAAAAGCUUUCCCGAGCAUUUGGGCCCGUUUAUGAAAUCGAACAUUUGAAACGAACAUUUAAUGUACUGAGGGCAUAUUGUAUGGAU